CAGCUCCCGGGGUGCCUCUGGUGACCCUUGCUUGCAGGCUGCAUCAGUGUGAUUUUGGCGCUGAGCUGAGGAGCUGGAUCCACCGAGAAUUUAAAAGAAAAAAAGGGCAGAGCGCUUUUGUUAAACCGGAGGAAGAGGGUGCUAGAGAUUAUUAUGAAGAAGAGGACAGGAAGGGGGUUGCGAUCAGAUUGAGGUUUUCGGGUCCUCGCACUGACGAAGAGCCCCGCGUUGGGAUUGGGCAGCGACCAGAUCGAGUCCUCCUCCUCCUCUCUGUGGAGAAUUGCGUUAAAACGAAAAGGCCUGAGCUUUACCAACAUCACAGGAUUAUUAUUAUUUUUUUAUUAUUAUUUUGUACCCCCCUCCUUCUCCUUCUCCUCCUCCUCCUGUAGAUUAAACGAGGAAGCAUUGCUGGCUGGUGUAUGUGUUUAGAAUGGGACACGCUGAAGGUCCAGUCAAAGAAAAAGACAGUUAAGGAUGCAGGAGCCCAACAAUGGAUUUCUCCUUCUCUUUCAUGCAAGGGAUCAUGGGAAAUACAAUUCAGCAACCCCCUCAGCUCAUUGACUCCGCCAACAUCAGACAGGAAGGCACCUGCGACACCGGUAGUGACCCGGGUGAGGAUGGUGGUCCCUCCUACGAUGCAGCCCUGGAUGCAGAGUUUCCGUACCCGCCAUCGGCUUCGGAGGACAUGCCGCAGGUCCCCAAUGGCUACCCGCCGGGUUUGGGCAUAUACGAACCGCAGGCUAAAUUCUCCAUGUACUCGCAGUUCCCCAACGGCUCUGCUAAUGGCUAUGGGGCCAUACGGAGCUACGGGGACCACGGCCUCGUGUCGGUGGAGGGGACCGUCCUGAGAGGUCCCGGUCUCCAGGAAAGACCUCUGUCUCCCGUUUCACCCCCACUGUCCACACAUCACCCACACCUCCACCACCACCAUCAUCAUCAUCCCCAUCACCACCACCAUUCGCUCCACAUCCACUCAAAUCCACCUCACAUACAAACCCACUCACACCCGCAGAGUCCUCCACCGCCACCGCUGCCCACCCAGCAUCACCUACACCAGACACCUCACAUCAUGACUCACAACCUGCCCCCUCCUCCCCCGUUACACCUGCCUUCGUCCAGUCCUCCCCCCUCACUUGUGGACAACACCCCUUCGUCUCAGCCCACGCACGCCCCAUCCAGUGCUUCUGGUGGGGUCCUGAAGAAAACCAGCUCUCCGGAGAUCAAGCUGAAGAUCAUAAAGACGUAUCAGAACGGCAAAGAGCUGUUCGAGUCUGCGCUGUGCGGAGACCUGCUGCAAGAACUGCAGAAAGAGUCUCAGAAGAACGAGGCCGCUCAGGCGCAGCGCAGACAUGAGAGGAAGAAGGAGAAGAGGAAAAAGAGUGCAAGACUGCUGCUGCAAGCUCAGGAACAGAGCCUGGACACGAGCCAAACACAGCCAGGUACCACAGGCCAGACAGAGGACACCCACGUCCAGCCGCCGCCAAAAGAAGCACCGCCGGUGCAGACAGAGAAGCCUCCGAAGACCGUUAUUAAAACCGAACCAAAGACGCCGAAGGUUCCUAAGGUCCAUCAUCCAUCAGUGAUCCAGGAGACAGGCUUCUGUAAGGAGUUUGUAAUAGGAGAUCUGGUGUGGUCCAAGGUGGGUACCUACCCCUGGUGGCCCUGCAUGGUGUCCUCAGACCCACAGAUGAAGGUCCACACUCGCAUCAACACCAGAGGUCACAGGGAAUAUCACGUCCAGUUCUUUGGCAGUGUCGCAGAGCGAGCGUGGAUCCACGAGAAGAGGAUAGUCAUGUACCAGGGGAAGCAACAGUUUGACGAGCUUCAGUCAGAGACACUUCGCAAAACCACAAACCCUGUAGAGAGACACAAACUAAUGAAGCCUAUCCCUCAGCGGGAACGUUCUCAGUGGGAGGUGGGUGUUGGUCACGCCGAGGAUGCUUUUCUGAUGACGAGACAGGAGCGAAUUGACAACUACACCUUCAUCUAUGUGGACCCAGACCCUACUGAAGCCCCACCCAGCAAGAAACCCAACAUCAGACCUGAGAAACGAAGCCGGCGCUCAAGCAGCUCGAUCAGUAAGAAGGAGGACCGAGAUGUAAAGUCACCAGAUAGAGAGCAGCCUCCGCGACGGCAGCUUCCACGGAGACAGUGUAGUGUUUCAAACACAGAUGACAACGCAAACUCCCAGGCCUCAAGUGAAGAUAAGAACCAGAGGGGGGACCAACGUAAGACCAGCUCACCGAAACAGAAUGCCGGCUGUGAUGCACGAGCACAGCAGGACUCUCCGCCUCCGGUCAAAACGUGGAAAACGGCAGCUGCCAGGAAGCUGCUGCCUCUUUCUAUCACAAUGAAGAGGCUGAAUGUGGAGAUCACAAAAUGUGACUGGCCUCUUAUCCAGAAAAAAGCAGCUGCCUCCCCAAAGAAGGACAAAGAAGAAGAGAAGAAAGAGAGGGUGGAGAGAGAAGGCAGGCAGCCCGACCUGGGAUACUGCUCACCUGAGCAGGACAGCAGAGCUAAACCUGAGCCCAGUCCAGAGGAGGAGGAAGAUGGGGAUGAAGGGGAGGACGAGGGAGAGGAGAGGAGAGAUUCCCCAGCGAGUCGGAGGAGUGAAGAGGGAGGAUUGCAGCAGACCUCAUCUCCGGGAUCACACCACAGCAGUCCGCAAGGUUCUCAAGAGAGGAAGCUUCAGCGGCGGUGUGUCAGAAGCAGGUCUGAGUCAGAGAGAGGCAACGAUCUCGUCCCUAAGAAGAAAACCAAAAAAGAGCAGGCUGAGAUGGCUCCAGAGACCACGCUGAGGACAGGUUCACAGAAAGGAGCUAGUGAGAUCUCAGAUGCGUGCAAGCCACUGAAGAAGCGAAGCAGAGCAUCAACAGAUGUCGAAAUGGCUUCAUCUCAGUACAGAGACACGUCUGAUUCAGACUCCAGAGGCCUCAACGACCCGCAGGGCUUAUUUGGGAAGAGUCUUGAUAGUCCAGCAGCAGCAGAUGCAGAUGCUUCAGAUACUCAGUCUGUGGACUCUGGCCUGUCCCGUCAGGACAGCAGCACCAGCAAGAGGGACACUGUGUGCCAGAUCUGCGAGGUGUACGGAGAUGGUUUGAUGGUAUGUGAAGGUGACUGCAACAAGCAGUUUCACAUGGAGUGUCUCGGUUUGUCGUCCCCACCUGAAGGAAGAUUUAGCUGCACAGAAUGUAGAACAGGGAACCAUCCUUGUUUUAGCUGUAAAACAGUGGGCAGGGAGGUGACGCGCUGCUCUGUGUCUGGAUGUGGUUGUUACUAUCACGAGGACUGUGUCCGUAAACUCCCGGGAACCACCAGCAGCCCAGGUGGAGGUUUCAGCUGCCCUCAGCACAGUUGUUCAACCUGCUGCCUGGAGAGAGACCCACAACGAGCCAGUAAAGGUCGUCUGAUUCGUUGUAUCCGCUGUCCGUUGGCCUAUCACACCAGCGACAGCUGCGUGGCGGCAGGCAGUGUCAUCCUUACUCACCACAUCAUGAUCUGCAGCAACCACGGCAGCGCCAAGAAGAACGGCCUCCUCACCUCCCCCGUCAACGUGGGAUGGUGCUUCCUGUGUGCCCGAGGGCUGUUAGUGCAAGACCUUACUGACACCAUAUUAAGUUCAUAUGCCUAUAAGUCCCACUACCUUCUGACUGAGUCAAAUCGUGCUGAGUUGAAAUUACCUAUGAUUCCCUCUCCUUCGUCAGCUACCAAAAAGAAUGUUGGGAAAGGAGGCAAGUUGCUGUGCUGCGACUCAUGCCCAGCUUCCUUCCACCCGGAGUGUCUGGAGAUGGAGAUGCCGGAGGGGUCGUGGUCCUGCAGCGAUUGCAGGGCAGGGAAGAAACCUCACUACAAACAAAUUGUCUGGGUCAAACUAGGCAACUACAGGUGGUGGCCUGCAGAGAUCUGCAACCCUCGUCUGGUGCCAUCAAACAUUCAGAGUCUUCGGCACGAUAUUGGUGACUUCCCGGUUUUCUUCUUUGGUUCCCAUGACUACUACUGGAUCAACCAAGGCCGCGUCUUCCCAUACGUGGAGAAUGACAAGAACUUUGUCACAGGACAGAUCAAUAUUAACAAAACCUUCAAGAAAGCUCUGGAAGAAGCAGCCCGGCGCUUUCAGGAGCUUAAGGCGCAGAGGGAGAGCAGGGAGGCUCUAAAACAGGACCGCAAUUCUCGCAAACCACCACCCUACAAGUUCAUCAAGUCCAACAAGCCUGUGGGGAAAGUUCAGGUGCACGUGGCCGACUUGUCAGAAAUUCAGCGAUGCAACUGCAAGCCAGCAGACGAGCAUCCCUGCAGCCUGGAGUCCCAGUGUCUCAACCGCAUGCUGCAGUACGAGUGUCACCCACAGGUGUGCCCUGCAGGAGACAGCUGUGAGAAUCAGUGUUUCUCCAAACGGCUGUAUGCAGAAACAGAAGUGAUAAAGACGGAAGGGUGUGGCUGGGGCCUCAGGACAAACCAGGCACUGAAGAAGGGUGACUUUGUGGCCGAGUAUGUGGGAGAGGUGAUAGACUCAGAAGAGUGCCAGCAGCGAAUCAAACGUGCCCAUGAAAAUCAUGUGACCAACUUCUACAUGCUCACCCUCACCAAGGAUCGUGUCAUCGACGCUGGCCCAAAAGGAAACUCGUCUCGGUUUAUUAACCACAGCUGCAGCCCAAACUGCGAAACCCAGAAGUGGACGGUAAACGGCGACGUUCGUAUUGGAAUCUUUGCCCUUUGUGACAUCGAGGCUGGCACAGAGCUGACGUUUAACUACAAUCUGCACUGUGUGGGCAACAGGAGAACGUCGUGUCACUGUGGAUCAGACAACUGCUCUGGAUUUCUUGGGGUCCAGCCAUCGAGUGCUGCAGUGACGGAGAAAGAGGAAAAGGCCAGGAAUGCAAAGAUGAAGCAGAAGAAGCGGAAACUGCGGCCGGAGGGCAAACACACACACGAGUACUUUUGCUUCUGCUGCGGAAAAGGAGGAGAGCUGGUGAUGUGUGACAGGAAGGAGUGCCCAAAAGCGUAUCACCUGCUGUGUCUCAACCUCACCAAACCGCCAUACGGGCGGUGGGAAUGCCCGUGGCAUGACUGCAGCGUUUGCAGCAACCCGGCCUCAUCUCUCUGUGACUUCUGCCCUCGCUCCUUCUGCCGGGAUCAUGAGGCGGGGGCGCUCACCACCUCCUCCCUGGACGACCGCCUCUGUUGUUCCAGCCACAACCCGCUCAGUCCCCUGGGGGCCAAAUCCAGCUCCACCCAGCAGCGGCGCUCCGCUCAGAGUCCCGUCAGAGUCAAAGAGGAGCCGGAGUCAGGCCAGCCGGCCACGGAGUGAUAAAACCCUUAAUACCUCAUUCCCUGCAAAGUGUGCUCCAAUCCACCUCUGAUCCUAAGCAGUGCACUACAACAGGGAAUACAGUGCUUUUUUUCUUUUUCUUUUUUUUGACACAUGCAAUGGCCGCAACUCAGAGCUGAGACACGCUGACGAACACCUUGAUGCUGUUUUGUGGCGACAGUAGGAGAAGGACCAGAAAUCAUCAGGCACCGUUUUCCCUCCUGUCUUGCCAUAAAACACCACUACUUACACUCUCUGCAGCUCGCCUGCGCCCACUGGAGGGCCCAGGCCACCACCUCAUUAUGUUGUUUUUAAAUUUUUACUGCUAUUUUUUUUUCUUUCUUUCUUUUUAAAGCAGUGUAAGCGUCGUCACGUCUCCAGUUCCUGGCACUUUGAAGAACUCACUGAGUGAGGUGGAGGAAGGGGCAGAGAGGAGGAAAAGGAUGUGGGAGCUGAAGCUCUCCAUCACCACCAAGCUGCUCCUCUCCUUGUUUACCUGCUGUAAGCUGUGGUCUCACACACAGGGUGGCUUUAGGAUGGAGACGAGCCAGCUUUUCUCGUGAUCUGUCAUCCUCUUUAUCUGUUAGAGAAAAGGAGCGGCGGGGAAAUGACCAAUUUCGUGCAAUUUGUUUUUUUCCAGGACCACACUACAUUCCAACUUUCCUUAAACAUGGUUUUAAUAUGCUUAUGGGUAUAGAUAAAUAUAAUUAUAUACAGUAUCUAUGUUUGUUAAUGUUUACAGACAGAUUCUCUCACUUCAUCUCAGUGAGUGGUGUAUUAUGUUUGUUUAGGUGUUGAACAUUACGCAGACCUCCUUGUGAAAAUAGUCCUAUUAAGGUGAAAUAUAAUGGUAUAUAGUGAAAUGGUAUGACAUUUCAGAAGUUCUUGUGAUUUUCAUAUUGCCAGUCUCACUCGCCAUUGUGUACAUAAUUGGCUCACAAUAUUGUAAAAUACUAAAAAGAUCAGGAGGGGGCGGAGCCUCACCUCUCUGAUUGUUCUUGGAAGAUGGAAAAGCUUUUUCUUUUUUCUUUUUUUUUUUGUAAUAAUAAUUGAAAAAAAAAAAACAAGACAGAUCCUUUUUAAAAAAAUUCUUUCUUUAAAGCUAUGUUUUCAUGUUUCCUCCAAUUAGUUAUUUGCAAAGUAGAUGAAGGGGCCCAGCUUGUGAUCACUGGUGCUGUCUUAAAGAAGUGUUAAUAAGCCUUAAGUUUGGGUUUUUAGCUGUAGUUACUACUGCCCAGAUGCAGUCCACUUCGGUUGUUUCGGUUCGGCGUACUGUGACGGCUCUUUUGUUUUCGGGGAUUUGGGGUUUUUUGCCAGACUUUUUCUGAAAAGCACUUUCACGCGGCUCAUUGCUACUCACCUUAGCUAGGUCAUACGUAUACAGAAAUGUAUAUUAAAAGAACAUAUGACAAGUGUUUCAAAAUGGAUACCUCUUCUUCUUGUAUUAUUGGAAGUUAAACUGUGUUGUAACUUUUUGCCUCUCGGUCAGAAACGUGGUGAGCGCUGGGUGUGGCUUGUUUCUUCUGAGGAAAGUGGCCUAAAUGCUGUUUUUAUUUUAUUUUAUUUUAUUUUUGUUUCAUAUUUCUUUUAUUGUUUGUUUUCUUUUACAUUUUUCUUUGGCACACAAGUAGGAAAGACUGCCAACCCAGCUUCGUCCAAAAAAAAAAAAAAAGAAAACAAAAAAAAAUGUCCUCCGUGUCCUCCAGAGACACUUCUUCAUUUUCCAGCUUGAGAAAACUCUUAAGGCUGGGCUUUAUAUGGAGACGUAAUGGUGUAACAACAGUUCAGUCCAGUAUAAUGUACAAACUUCUGUACAGUGUUUUUAAUCGCUCAUCGUCAAAUCUCAAAUUUUUGUAUUUAUUGCACCACAUUUUAUACCAAUUUCUUUUUCAAACACCAGUGCAGUAACUUGUCUCCCUCUGUAAGGAAAUAGGCUUAAAAAAACAUAUGGGGAGUUUUACGUAAUAUACCUGUAUUUUCUUUCUUUUUCUUGUUUUUUUUUUUUUUUUUUUUAAACAUUUGGUGUAAUGAUUCCACAUCCGGUAACAGCCGCUGCUCAUCAGCCUGUGUCGUGACUCACUGUAAUUGGUGUUUAAAAGCAGUGUGAAGCACUUCAGUAUUGGAAUGUAAAGUUUCUGUUUCAGAGCAGGUUUUGCAGCCCGGACUCAGGUGGUUGUCACUGAAGGAAGCUUUUCUGUGAUCGCGCCUUGCUUUGUAUUCUUCCUCAGUUACACUGAUGUUUGUUUUGUUUUUUUGUGCCCUUAAAAGAUGUAUUUUCUCUU